UCAUCCAUCCUUGUUUUGACUGCGAAGAUGUCUACUCCCGGUGGUCUGACGGAGGGUGUAUUGGUCGGGUUGGGGACAGGGUAGGCUGGCCGAGACCAAGCGGUCAGUCUGUUUCUUUCCCCAGUCUUGCCAGCAUACACAGUCAUGCUCCUCCGAUCCUUGAUCCAUCUCCUUGUUCUAUCUUCAACAAUACUUAUCCUUACUCCGGGUACAUCAGCAUACACCCCGUACAGUAUGCAUUAUCAAUCAAGAUCCCGUAUUCUCUCUGGUACUAAAGCAGUACCUGGAGAAUUCCCCUGGAUGGUUAAUCUAAGACGGAGGAAGCAUCUAACAUUCUUCUGUGGAGCUGCUCUUAUUACAGACAGGUAUUUGGUCUCAGCCGCUCAUUGUAUUUCUCAAAAGGCAUCUUGGGACAUUGUGGCGGUCAUUGGAGACCAUAGUAUUAGGAGGAAUGAUAAAAACGAGCAGCGUAUUCCUGUACUCCGAACCUUUAUCCACCAGCGCUACUACAGCAGAACAUUCGCAAACGAUAUUGCUCUUCUCAAACUCAGAUCGACUGUAAAGAUGGGAAUAAUUCAACCUCUAGCUCUGCCCUAUCCUCAGACCAACGUGAGAAAGUAUUUGAGCGGGAAAGUGCUGGUGACGGGCUGGGGAACCCUGGCAUCUGGGGGCAAGCUACCGGAUGUUCUGCAGAAGAUUACUUUACCCGUUGUUAACAUCAGGAAGUGUGAGAAAUCCUACGGACGGAAGAAACCUUACAUGUUCUGCGCCGGAGCUCCAGGAGAAGAUGCGUGUCAGGGGGACAGUGGUGGUCCUGCAGUAAUCAUGUCAGGGAGGAUACCUAGGUUGGCCGGCAUAGUUAGCCAUGGGAUAGGAUGCGGUCGCAGAGAGUAUCCCGGUGUAUACACUGAUGUUAGUUAUUUCACUACCUGGAUACUAGAUACAAUCACAGGAGCAGAACAGGAGGAACAGGACAGCAGAUAUCCAACCAGGAAUGACAAGUAUCUGACAGAAGAUGAAUAUAUCGCCCAGCUGGAGAAGGAUUUCAAGGAGAACACUGACUUCAAGGAUGAGACAUCGAAAGAUCAAGAUGAGACGAAAAUAUCCAGUUACGCAACAGACCUGGAGAGAAUAUUCUCCGGAUUGAAUGAUCAUCAGGACGGGUUUGAUGAGGAGAGUAACUCUCUCUGGGAUAGCGGAGAGUACAACUGGAAGGAGGAGAAAACGUAUCCUUCCUACAAGCCAUAAAUUUUAUCACAUCAAUGUACAAUCAAUAUGAAUAAGUGAUGUAAUUAUAUCAACUAUAUUUAAGUAAACAAAUAAAGAAAUGAGAAAGAA